UUAUGUUGAAGUUCGUUAAUUCUCAUUAUUUUUUGAGUUUUUAAAAAUAUAACUUUGUAGUAUAAGCGAUUUUUGUGUCAUGUGAAUGACUGUAGGUACUGGCAAUAAUUUAUUUCUUUUAAGAAGCAGCCUCCAUUUAACACACCAGAUAGCCGUAGACAAUCUAGUCAGCAACUGGAGUGAUGCCGUUUGAGACACAAAAAAAGAAUUCAGCAGUAGAUAAAUCUUCGUCCAUAAAAGAAAAUGACAAAAAUGAAAUCGAUUUAGUCAGCAAAAAAGUUAUAAAGACAAAACAGGAAAUCGAGAAUCUCAAGUUAGAAUUACAGAAGUUGAUCAAUACAGGAUUGUGCAGUGAAAAUGAAAAUCUUACAAAGACUGAUGUUAAACAAGUUGAAAAGUUGUCGUGUAAUGGCCAGGAACCACCUCCUAACAAUACACACUGUGAUAUUAAUAAAAGAAACCAUGAAAAAUAUGCGACUGUAGGAAGAGAAAAUAUUCUUUUAAAGUAUAACAAGUCAGCAAAUCUACCCAAAAUACAUCAAGUAUCAUCAAAUAUUACUACAAGAUUUAAUUAUGUUUCUUUGAAAAAAUACAAAGCUUCAAAUAAUGAAAAUAAUAAAAUUGACUGCCAAAAAAAGAAAAAUGAAUAUAACAAAGAAAAGGCACGAGAAUAUAUUAAAAAACAAAGAGAGAAAAGGGCAGAGCAAAUGAAAGUGAAAAUUAAAGAAACUCAGAAUGAAAUUGAUUUGAGGAAAAAAAAAUUAAAAGAACUUCAUGAGAAGUCUUUGCAGUUAGUGUCAAAAAGUGUUAAACAAAAAAGAAGAAAAUCUCAAUCAUAUGAAAAAAAAGUUACGGCAUCUGAAAAUAAGCAACCCUCAACUUGUCAAAAUAAGUUGAUCUGUAAUUUAUUACCAAGAGUCCCAAACAUUUGUGAAUUGGAGGAACCCAAACAUAAUUUUAACAAAGAAGAUAGAGAAGUAUCUGUUGAUCAGUUUGGAUAUAUCUCAAAAAGGAAAGAAAACGAAGUAACGCAGCUUAAUUCUCAUUUAGAAUCACACUGUAAAACUGAUACAGGAUUAUUGGAAAGUAAUGUUAAGAGGGAUGAGCUUUUAUGUAAUGCUGCUACUAAAAUUCAAGCUUAUUUUAGAGGGUUUAGACAAAGAAAAUUGUAUAGAAAUAUUCUUACCAUACAACAAAAUGAAAAUUUGAAGGAAGAAAAUGUCAUACAAAGUAAUGAAAAUAAUUUAGAGAAAUCAAAGCUUACUUGGCUUGACGUGCCUGCUACAUUGCCAUAUCCAUAUAAUUUUAUAAACGCUGUGAAAAAGAAACUCAGUCAUGCUGUUAACAAAAAAGUCAAUGAAAGAAUGGAUUUUUCUGAGUUUUCAAAAUCAAAUGUGUUAAGUGAUCACUUUGCGACUAAGAGAAAUACUGAAAAUUUAACAAGUAAGCCGGCACCAAUAGUUGAGAAUUCUCAAAAGCAUUAUGAACUUUUUAAUGAUGAAUUUAACAGUAUUAAUCAUGUAGAAGUUGUUCCUUCAAUUUUUAAAGAAAUUCAACUGUCUGAAAGUAGUAUUACUUUUUGGAAAAAUAAGGACAUUUCUUUUGCUCAGCCAUUUGAUUUACAUGUUAAUUUUUCACAAAAUUCAAUAAAUAGAUCAAAUUCUAGUAAUAGUAGAUGUGAUUUGAAAUCACUUGUUUCCAAUAAGUGCAUGGACUUAGAUCUGCAAACCAUUAAACCUCUUUCACUGAAACCUCUACAAAUUGAUUCUCAAUAUGUGAAUAACAAUAUAAAAAGAGAAUAUGCUAGUGAUUCAGAUACAUCGAAAAACAUACCAGAUAUUUCAACAGAAAGUUCAGUGCACACAAGGAUAUGUAAGCAAGCACAUUUACUGCAUUCAUUGGAUUCAUCACAUAAAACAGAUGAUUACAAUUUGGUAUGUAAUCCAGAACGCCACAACAACUUGAGAAGGAGCAGACGACGAAAAUUAACGAAAUCAGACGAAACGAUUCAAACAUUAUUGUCACAUGCAGAUACUGACGACAAAUGUCUAAAGCAUAAAAAAGACGAAAUUGUAAAUGAAUUAACUGCGAAUUCGACUAUUUCAAAACCUUGUUCUUCUUUGCCUUUAUCUGAAGGUGAGAGUAAACCUUUGCCUCUAACGAAUAUGAUUUAUAAAAAUGAUAGUAGUGCCACUAAUAAUGCAGGAGAAACAGAAGACACAGGAAAUACUACGAUGUUAUCGAGUUUUUUAAGUUAUAUGCAAUGUUUGGGAGUUGAAACGUAUACAAAACCAAAUACUAAAAAUGAAGUUGAUUCAGAGAAAAACGAAAAUACGACUGUUUCCCUUUUAAAUUCAAAGUGCAAAGAAACAAAACUGAUGAAUUUAAACGAAGAUCAAUUUGAACGUUUCUCUGAAAUUGAUAAGCGUAAAUACUCAAGCGACUUUGAAAGCUUAAGCGCUGACAAUUUAAAUUUUGUGCCUUCUUUGAAAUGUCCGUCCGUCACGCUAAAUACCUCGCACUUGUCUUUGCAUAAUGCUAAAGAUCAAAUUGCACACCUUCAAGUUCCGCUCAAUCAAAAGUUUCAACCUAAAACAAUAGACACUAAAAUCAAUUCUAACGAGAUUCAUUUGAAAUUUGAAGCAGAAAUACGACUUCUGCAUCAUUUCAACAAGUCAUUACAAGAAGCUGUGGAAAAAGAAAAGUCGUUAUUGGAAAAUCAUUAUGUACCAAACAAUAAAAACGGAGAAGAUGAAGUUGUUAAAGAGAAAAACUCAAAUAAUGUCGUUUCCUCAAAGACAAAAAGUAAUGCCAGAAUUGGAACCAUAAACUAUUCCAGAGGGUCGGAUGUGUUGAACAGUUGUGAGCCAAUUUUUACCGCUUCUACGACAUCGGACAUGCUCGAAAAGAGUUUUUUUUCUAAUACUAACCUUAGCAUAUCCAGUGUAACAGAUAUUAAUGAAUCUGACAAAUCAUACAACAGUAAUUCCACAAUAUUAAAUUUUAAUAAACACCACAAGGACCAUUUGUACCCUGGUUUGCCAUUAGGAAUGUUCAAUCAGCUAAUAAAAGACGAAGAUGCAAGAAUAGAAAAUCUUAAGACAAUACUUAAGAUUCGAGAGAAAUCUCUACUUGAUAGAACAAAGAGUGAAUUGGCGUGGUUAGAAAUACAAAAAAGGUAUUUAAAGGACUCUGGGCAGCUGAAUGAAAUAUCAAUGAUUAAGAAAAAACAACGCGGCCUACUUGUCAAGCUUCAACACGAGCGCCACGAAAUGCAAAGGUAUAUAAAGGUUAAAACAAAUGCAAAAAGCCGCUUCCAAAGAACGUAAAACGCGUUUACGACAACAGCGAAGUAUGAUCAAGGCCCAAUUGUCGACUACUAGUGAGACCGUGAAUAAACUGAAAUCAUCGUUGUCACGUGAACGCCGGCAUUCGUCUGGACCCCUAAAGGUAGUCGGUGUUUAUCGAUACAGUGAGUCUAUAAUGUCCGAAACGUCACGAUUUCCCAAGAAGGGUCUUGGGAUGAGUGACAACGACAUCAUAAGUCUGUCUUCACGCUCCUCACAAUCCAUCGCGAGUAGCCUUCUGACAGAUGAAAUUGUAA